GCGCCUGGAGGUCGGGCCUCAAGCGGCUGGCGCUGCAGGCCUUCUCGAUGGAGGGCGACUGCCGCAGGGAGCUGCAGAACCCGCGGAGCCUCCGCCGGGAGCAGGUCGAGGAGCUCUGCCGCGAGCGGGCGGCGGCGGAGUCCGAGAGCGCGAGGCGGGCUCAGGAGCUCUGGAUGGACCUCACCCGCGUCAGGAAGCGGGUGGCUGUCCUGGCACACAACAUGCACGUUGCGCCAGGCGGUCCAGAGCUGCACGCUAUGGUCCGCGGGGCGGAGCACGACCUGCGGCUCUUCGCCGAGAAGGAGGCGCAGCAGCGCGAGGAGCUGUCCGCCUUGGAGCUGUCGUUGGAGGAGUCCCUCCGCCUGUCCCUCGUGCGAUUCGAGGGCUGGUGCGCACAGGACUCGGCCCUGUGCAACCCGGGCUGCGCGCGGGGCGCGACGGCGGCGCAGCAGCCAAGGGUUUCAACCAGCGGCCGGCGCGGGCAACAGCGCGGCGGCGCCGGAGCGCAGCGCGCGGGGCCGCGAGGCCCUCUUGGCGACGGCGGAGAAGGCGCUGAGUGCGAAGACGACGCCAUCAGGGAGGAGUUGGCGUCGCUGGACGGGGAGAUUCUCGCGAGAGGCGGGUCCACAGGCGGCUGGGCGCCCGAGGACCACGAGGCGUUCGCGAGGAGCCUAACGCGGUUCAAGGGCAGGGCAGGUGCGCCGUUCUUCGCGGAGGUGCAGCAGCUGCUGCCUCACCGAUCCCGCGAAGAGCUGGCGGAGCACGCGGCGUGGCGCGCCGCGCACGAGGACCUGCAGCAGCGGCGCAGGGAGCUGCUGCGGCGGUGGAGGGCUCUGCAAGCGGCGGGCGCUCACCGGGGACCGAGCCGGGCGCAGUGCCUCCAGAGCCGCGGGCGGGCCGAGGGAGCGUGCGGUCGGCGGCGCCGGCGAGGAGCCGCACGUCGAGGAGGACCGGACCUCGGCGCGCAGGAGCGCGAGGAGGCGCGCCGCCGGAAGGAGCAGGACCAGCGGCGUGUCCGCGUGGCCGCCUGGCGCGCGGCGAGGGAGGAGGCGGCGCGGGCGCAGGAGGAGCUCCAGCGCGCGCGCCGCCUGGAGCUCGGCGCCCGCGAGGCGGCCGAGCGGCGCGCCGCGGGUUCGCACGCGCGCGCGGCGCUGGAAGCCUGGCGCGCCCAGCGGGAGGCCAGCGCGCAGCUGCAGGAGGUCUCCGACCGCGCCGCCGCGGCCGCGGAAGGCCGCCCCGAGCACCGCGCGGCGUCCGCCGAGCGCAUCGCGGUCAGGACGGGAACGCCACGCUUCUGCAGCGCCGGCGCGAGCUCUCGGAAGCCAAGGAGGCCAAGCUGUCCGAGUGGUCCCGACGCUCCGAGCCUGCGCUGCGCGCGCCUGGCAGCCCCGAUUCCGCGGAGAGCCGGCUGUGGAGCCACACCGAGGCCUACGUGGAACGAGCUCGUGACCUCAAAGAGGCGCCAGGGGCCUGUGGCGGGGCGGGUGCGCUCAACUUCGCGCACCAGGACGGGCAUCGUGCGGACGACGCGCGCGGCGCCGGCGUGGCGCGGGGGCCGCUUCGGCGCCUGA